CUUUCAGUUGCUUUCGAGCUGCACAAGGCGACGGUUCAAGUUUUUGGUGCCUAACGGGGCAAACAAGAAAAACAAAAGAAAUAAAAACGAGAAAAAGAAAGAGAGACUGUCUCCACACAGAGAGCCAAAGAUUCGCAGCUAGACCGUGAGAGAGAGAGAGAGAGAGAUAGAGAGCGAAAAGUGAAAGACCGAGAAACCAGCGAAGAAUUCUUCGUGCGCGAUCGCCGACUCCAAAUAACUUCAGUCGCCCUGCAGAAUUCCCAGCGAUCGGUUCGUGCAGCGGAUUAUCGCGUCGCGAAUAUAACACUAUAACUAUUUUUUUUUUUUUAAGUUCGGUGCUCGUGCAGUGUGAUCAUUUAUUUUUUUUUUUUCGUUUGUUCACCGAAUAUCGAACCCCACUUCCUGGCAUGUCGAAACAAUACGAAACUCGUGCCAAGUGCUAAAAGUUCCAGGGAAGUUCCAAGUGUGCGAAAACAAAUUGCUAAAUCCAGCGAAAAAGUAUUCAAACCACCAGCUUAAGAAACCCUUUAAAAAUAAUAUUUAGAAAAAAUAAAAAACUAAAAACAAACGGACGGACAGCUGGUGUUGGCAGCAGGUGUGAGCGAGAGAGCAACAAUGCACCGCACGCAGCCGUCGCUGCCGCUGCUUCUGCUGGCGUUGGCGUUGGCGUCGGCGUUGGCUUUGGCGCAGGCGCAGAAUAUAGAUGCGGGAUGCAGCUUCCCGGGAUCGCCGGCGCACAGCAGCGUUGUCUUCACCAGCGCGAAUCUCACCCAGGGAACGGUGGCCUCCUACAGCUGCGAGCGCGGAUUCGAGCUUCUUGGACCGGCGAGGCGGGUCUGCGACAAGGGGCAAUGGGUGCCCGAGGGCAUUCCGUUCUGCGUUUUGAAUGUUGCCGCUGGCAAGGCGCCCAUGCAAAUUUCCACUGAUGGAGCCGGUGCUCCACAAAAGGCCAUCGAUGGUUCCACAUCCGCCUUCUUCACGCCGGAAACUUGUUCGCUGACCAAGUCGGAGCGAUCCCCGUGGUGGUACGUGAACCUCCUGGAACCCUACAUGGUGCAACUGGUGCGCCUGGACUUUGGAAAAUCCUGCUGCGGCAACAAGCCGGCGACGAUUGUGGUGCGAGUGGGCAACAACCGACCGGAUUUGGGAACGAAUCCGAUUUGCAACCGCUUCACGGGACUCCUGGAGGCGGGACAGCCGCUCUUCCUGCCCUGCAACCCACCGAUGCCGGGCGCCUUUGUGAGUGUCCACCUGGAGAACAGCAGCCCCAAUCCGCUGUCCAUUUGCGAGGCGUUCGUCUACACCGAUCAGGCGCUGCCCAUCGAGCGGUGUCCCACCUUCCGGGAUCAGCCACCGGGAGCACUGGCCUCGUACAAUGGCAAGUGCUACAUCUUCUACAACCGCCAGCCGCUGAACUUCCUCGACGCCCUCUCCUUCUGUCGGUCCCGCGGCGGAACUCUGAUCAGCGAAAGCAAUCCGGCGCUGCAGGGAUUCAUCAGCUGGGAGCUGUGGCGACGUCAUCGCAGUGACGUCAGCUCGCAGUACUGGAUGGGAGCGGUGCGCGAUGGCAGCGAUCGCAGCAGCUGGAAGUGGGUCAAUGGCGAUGAGCUGACCGUCUCCUUCUGGAGCCAUCCCGGCGGGGACGAGGACUGUGCCCGCUUCGAUGGAUCGAAGGGUUGGCUCUGGAGCGACACCAAUUGCAACACUCUGCUGAACUUCAUCUGCCAACAUCAGCCGAAGACUUGUGGUCGACCGGAACAGCCGCCCAACUCCACGAUGGUGGCCCUCAAUGGAUUCGAAGUGGGUGCCCAGAUCAAGUACAGCUGCGAUGCCAACCACCUGCUGGUGGGUCCUGCCACGAGGACUUGUCUCGAGACAGGAUUCUACAACGAGUUCCCGCCGGUGUGCAAGUACAUCGAGUGCGGUCUUCCGGCGAGCAUUGCCCAUGGAUCCUACGCCCUGCUGAACAGCACAGUGGGCUACUUGAGCCUGGUGAAGUAUUCCUGUGAGGAGGGUUACGAGAUGAUCGGAAGAGCCCUGCUCACCUGCGACUUCGAUGAGCGCUGGAACGGACCACCACCUCGUUGUGAAAUUGUGGAGUGCGACACGCUGCCUGGCAAUUACUACAACACCAUUAUCCAUGCUCCCAAUGGCACCUACUACGGAUCGAAGGCGGAGAUCAGUUGUCCACCGGGAUAUCGAAUGGAAGGACCUCGGGUGCUCAGCUGCUUGGCGAGCGGCCAGUGGAGCAGUGCCCUGCCGCGUUGCAUCAAACUGGAGCCAUCCACGCAGCCCACUGCCGCACCCACUGUGCCUGUGCCCUCGUCGGUGGCCACACCACCGCCCUUCCGGCCCAAGGUCGUCAGCUCCACCACCAGCCGCGCCCCCUACCGCCCACCAGUUUCCACCGCGAGCAGCGGCAUCAGCGGCAGCUCCACCAGCACAGUGGGCACGUAUCCGAGUCUCAGUCCCACGCAGGUGGAGAUCAACGGCGAAUCUGAAUCCGAGGAGGACAUCAAUGUGCCACCAGUGCCAGGAACCGUUCGCGAGGAGUUCCCGCCCCGCCGCACCGUGCGACCCGUGCUCAUCCCGAAGAAGCCGAACAGCACGCCGGCCGCCCUGCCACCCACCACCCACCAGAUGCCACCGCAACCACCCUCCACGUACGCACCCACACCACCGCGCAGUAGACCGAGUGGUGCGCCGAGCGGUGGAGUGGAGUCCACCACGCGGAACACGCAGCAGAUCAUCGCGAACUCGCAUCCGCAGGACAACGAGAUCCCCGACAGCGUCAACAUCCAGCAGAACCAGUCGCCCAAUGUCAACGUGCCGUUCGCCGUCGACAAUCCCGAUCGCAAGGAGACCAAGGAGGCCAAACUCAAUCUGGGCGCCAUCGUGGCUCUGGGUGCUUUUGGUGGCUUCGUCUUCCUGGCCGCCGUCAUCACCACGAUCGUGAUCCUCGUGCGAAGCACCCCGAACAGCCAACGGCGGCACCUUGCCAAACACUUAACCGCUUACCAACAUCAUCAUGCUCAUCAUCACCACCACCAGCAGCUCCAACACCACCACCACCACCAUCAGCAGCAGCAGUUCGAACACCACCAGCAGUUCCAGCAGCACCACCCGAAGUACCAGCUCCACCAACAGAAGUACCAACAACAACAACAACAACAACAACAGCAAUCGCAGGCGAAGAAGAGUCAGGGAUUCGCGUCGGGAAUCGGAAUCGGGAUUGGAAUUCCGAGGCCCAGUCGAUUACCCAGCUAUGCCACGGCGACGGCCACCAGCGCCACCAGCUACGCAUCCACCGCCCAAUUGACCCACCGUUUUGGCAACGGCAACGGCGAAGGAGGCGGUGGCUCAGAGGGCGGUGGCUAUGGGAGCAUCGGUUCGAGUGUUGGCGGCGGUCUGGUUCAGGCCAACUCAUUGUGGUACAGCGUUUUGGCCUUGCCCUUCGACGAUCAGAAGCUGGGCAGGCGGGAGUUCAGCAGCUAUGGGCGUGGCUAUCGCGCCCGCGCCGGACUCUUCAGCAACUCGCACAUAAAUCGAACCACUCAACACUAUCGCCAUCGCGCCUCGCCCGACUGCAACACUGUGGCCAGCUUCGAUAGCUCCACUUCCGGUUCCCGCAAUGGACUCAACAGGUACUACCGCCAAGCCUGGGAGAACCUGCACGAGUCCGCCUCGAAGAACAGCUCACACAACGCUCUGCGCCGCAAGGAGACCCUUGAUCCACCGAGCAUGACUCGAUCCCGCGACAAUCUGCGCGAUAAUAUGCAGCGAUCCCGCGAAAAUCUGGACAGAUGCGGCAGGGACAACUACGGGAUGCGGGACGACUCCGAGAUGGUGGUCUCCUCGGUGGUUUCAGACGUCUGUCUGAAGGGCGAGAAGAAGCGGCACCACCACCACCACCACAAGAGCAGCUCCCGCAACGGCGACUACCGCGAUCGGGAUCAGUCGUCCGGCAGGCGCGAGCACCACCGACACAGUGGUGGCGGCGGAGGAGGAGGCGGUGGUGGCGGCCACUAUUGACCAACCAUGGUCAUCACCAUCAACGUGGAGCGGCAGUAGCCAAUCGAAGGUCGAGGCCAGCAGUCGAGCACGGAUUUGGAUCCGGAAUAUAAAUAGGAUAUAUCUAAAUUCGGAAUAUCGAAAUCCGAAUGCUGCAGCGAGCGCAACAACGAAACGUUUUUUGUUUAAUUUUAGCAACAGUUUUUUUUCGCGCUUUAGUUAUGUAAGCCAGUUGAUCACCCGGUGGGGAGAUCGAGAUCUAUAUCGAGAUCGAGAUCGAGAUCGAGAAAAGGGUUCGGAUAAUGUGGAGGAGACUUUUCUGUUCAUAGCGAAAAAAAAAAUAUGUUAAAUCAGCAGCGCAAGAGAUACUUUAACUUGCAAGUCAAUACUUAGCUAUACUCGAAUGCGACGAUUGUUGGGGAGAAAAGCCGAAAAAUCUGAAGAUUUAAAAUUCAUAGUUUGCGUUUAUAACUAGACAUUUUAUAUGGUAACUAAACAAUUUUUCUAAAAUUUUCAUUUUAUAUAUCCAAUAAUUGGUAGUUUCUGAAGUUAAAAUGCAGAUUUUUACGAGAUUUUAAAACUCAAGAGAUUUUUUUGUACAAGUUGAUUCGAAAUUGUAAUGGAUUUUUUAAGCUUCAGAGCUCCGGAAAGGAGCCCCUCUAUAAGUAUAUGUGCUUUCGUGCUUCGAUUUGGUCCGAACUCGUAUAAUUUAUUCGCAAAGCUUUCGUAAGGUUCUUAGUUAAAUUUUCCCUAUGAAUUAGUUGUAUGUAAAGGCGUGAACAGGGCAAAAAGGCGAGGCGUAGUAAUUAGUUGCAAGGCACGAGCACCCACAUUUCCCCCUCCGCUUCCUCCCCUCCCAAGGUCGCCCAUUUCCCCACUUCCCCCUUAAAGAGCGAACUCACCCCCCUUCACCCAGCAAGCAGAUCACAGCUGCAGCCAAAUUAUGUGCAACUUGGUUUCGUUUGAGGUCUCAAGCCAAAUCGACUUGCUCAUAGUCGCAAAUUAGUUACGUAAAAACUUACACUAGAUAGAGCUAUCCAUCCAUCCCCAAAAAAAAACUAUAAAUUCACUCAAAUCACAUUCCAAUCGCGACCAACGAUUAAACAAAACAAAAAAGAAAGCAGCAAAUAAUAUCGUAGUACGCGUGCCACAGAACUUUCUGUAUACAACAAAUCUGAACAGGAUCUGAAGAUUAUAUAAUUAUCCCGCACCAAGCUGCACCAUUAUCCAUUAUUUUUUUUACCUACCCAUUAUAUGUGUAUCGCCCUGUAUUUGUAUUUCUAGAGUCUUGUAAUUUGUAGAUUUUGUUUUCGAGUGUGUAUCGUCGAGCGGUCCAGUGCUAAAAUACCGCUUAGUAUGCAAUAUUAUUUGAAUUUCGUGCAUUAUUUCCAAUGUAAAUAAUAAUAAUUUAUUUCAUAAAUAAAACAAUGAAUAUUU